GCCACGUGGAGUCUUUGCUCUGGAGGUGACUUCCUGCUUAGCUUCAACAAGCUGGCCUGAAAGAUUAGCAAGGAAAGCAGAAGGAACGACAGAUACAGAAUAUUCAAAGAGAAUCAGGGGAAUAAAAAACAAAACGAAACAGGCACAGCGUAUUAGGAAAGAGGAGCCAAAAAAAAAAAAAAAAAAACUUUGUGAUUUUACAGGGAGGAAGCGGGUGCGCUGCAAGAGGCCGGGAAGGAGAGGUGGUAACAAUUGGAGAAAAUUGAGGAAGGCCGAGAAAGGAGGAAAGGAGGAGGAGAAGGAAAAGCGAAGCUGCAGGGGAGGCGACCAAGAGCAAAGCGGAGCUCGGCGCCAGGCGCCUGCCUGUGAGGGGAAAGAGAGGCGGCCGCAGCAGCAGCAGCAGCAAAAGGAGGAGGGAAGGGGAAACACGCAAACCUCGGCGCGCAAGUGAAGAGCAGCAGUCGCCGGGAGGGGGGCGACAGCGGGAUCCCGGUGGCGGCGGCGGCGGCUGGGGGAGCCGGUAUCGCCGCCGCUAAAGAUGCGGCUGAAGCUGGGCUUUCUCUUGCGCGCCGUCCUCCUGGUCGGUUCCUUUCUGGGGCUGCUGCUGCUCUGGUCUUCGCUUUCCCCCCGGGCCGAAGAGCCCAGCCCGGGGGAGAGGAUUCGGGACUACAAAGACGCCAUCAAUCUAAUGCCAAACAAUAGAGAUAAUGGUUUAAUUCCUGGAAAUGACAAAUUUAAGCCGGUGUUACCCUGGCCUCAUGUUGAAGGUGUGGAAGUAGACUUGGAAUCAAUUCGACGAAGGAAUAAGGCCAAAAAUGAGAGAUUUCCUCAUGCUGGUGAAAAGAAUGAUCAGCAAAAUAUUAUGCAGAGACAGUAUCUUACAUUUAAGCCACAGACAAAUAUCUACCAUGACCCUGUAUUGCGACCUGGAAUUCUUGGUAAUUUUGAACUCAAAGAACCUGAAUCCCAUGGAGUUGUAGGUGGUCCUGGUGAGGAAGCCAAGCCAUAUGUUUUAGGACCAGAAUAUAAAGAAUCUAUUCAAGCCAGCAUUAAAGAAUUUGGGUUCAACAUGGUAGCAAGUGAUAUGAUAUCAUUAGAUCGGAGCAUUAAUGAUUUACGCCAAGAAGAGUGCAAAUACUGGCACUAUGAUGAAAACCUUCUCACCUCCAGCGUUAUCAUUGUCUUCCAUAAUGAAGGGUGGUCUACACUCAUGCGGACAGUUCAUAGUGUAAUUAAAAGAACUCCAAGAAAAUAUCUGGCUGAAAUUGUUUUAAUUGAUGAUUUCAGCAAUAAAGAACACUUAAAAGAAAGACUAGAGGAUUAUAUUAAGCAGUGGAAUGGCCUUGUAAAGAUUUUUCGAAAUGAAAGGAGAGAAGGUUUAAUUCAAGCUAGAAGCAUUGGAGCCCAGAAGGCUAAACUUGGAAAGGUUUUAAUUUAUCUUGAUGCCCACUGUGAGGUGGCACUAAACUGGUAUGUGCCACUAAUAGCUCCUAUAUCUAAAGACAGAACUACAUGCACUGUGCCUCUAAUAGAUUACAUAGAUGGGAAUGACUAUUCUAUUGAACCACAGCAAGGCGGGGAUGAAGAUGGCUUUGCCAGAGGGGCCUGGGACUGGAGCUUGCUAUGGAAACGUAUUCCAUUAAGCCACAAGGAAAAGGCAAAAAGAAAAUAUAAAACUGAGCCAUAUCGAUCGCCUGCCAUGGCUGGUGGAUUAUUUGCCAUUGAACGUGAUUUCUUUUUUGAGUUAGGCCUCUAUGAUCCGGGUCUACAAAUCUGGGGUGGUGAAAACUUUGAAAUAUCCUACAAGAUUUGGCAAUGUGGAGGAAAGCUACUGUUUGUGCCUUGUUCUCGUGUUGGGCACAUAUAUCGUCUCCAGGGAUGGCAAGGGAAUCCACCUCCAGCUUACGUUGGAUCAUCUCCUACGUUAAAGAACUAUGUCCGUGUUGUCGAGGUCUGGUGGGAUGAAUUCAAAGAUUAUUUCUAUGCUAGUCGUCCUGAAACAAAAGCACUAGCUUAUGGUGAUAUAUCAGACCUGAAAAAAUUUCGUGAAGAUCACAAAUGCAAAAGCUUUAAAUGGUUUAUGGAAGAAAUAGCCUAUGAUAUAACUUCUCAUUAUCCUCUGCCACCUAGAAAUGUGGAGUGGGGAGAGAUUAGAGGUUUUGAAACAGCAUACUGCAUAGAUAGUAUGGGUCAUACCAAUGGAGGCUUUGUGGAACUUGGUCCAUGCCAUAGAAUGGGAGGAAAUCAACUCUUCAGAAUUAAUGAAGCUAACCAACUCAUGCAGUAUGACCAAUGCUUAAUUAAGGGACCUGAUGGAUCAAAAGUUAUGAUUACACAUUGCAAUUUAAAUGAACACAAGGAGUGGCAGUACUUCAAGAAUCUUCAUAGAUUUACUCACAUCUCAUCAGGGAAAUGCUUGGACCGUUCAGAGGUUCUACAUCAAGUAUUUAUUUCAGAUUGUGACUCAAAUAAAGCAACACAAAAAUGGGAAAUGAACAAUAUCCUAAGUGUGUAGACAAAAUAGCUGCAUCUACCUACUGACAAAUAUAAUUUGUAUAGAACUGAAAAUAACCUGAAAACUGCUGCAACUGUUAACUUGUAUAGCUGGGAGCCUGGAAUGUCCUGAUCUGGAUGAAGGACUUAGAUGAACUGUGAUAGAUUUAUCAUCUGCAGUUAAUGUUUACAAAAACUGCUCUUACCUUAAACGUCAAUAGAUGUUUACAUCUCUUUGCUUUCUUUUAGGACGUUGUUUUAAGAUGCUCUGGCUUAUCAUUUAAAGUGCUUUGACUUGUUUCACUGAAACAAAGUUAGAAGCACAAGCUUGGAUCCAAAGUAGUAGAAGGUUGUUUCUACAUGGGUAAGAGGUCAUUUCCUUUUCCUCUUAUGGUGACAACCCUAUCCUAGAGCCCUCUUUAAGGACCUUCUGUAAACUUUCUGAAUGGUGUAAAGGGCUGAAAAUCAGCAACUUCCCAGGUGUGAUUAAGUGCCUUUCACUUGGGCACAAGCAAAAGAAUUGGAUCCAAGUAUUUGUUGUCUUCUUUGGGAUUACACUCAGGGGUUUGCAGGCAGUUUGUUUUUUUAAUUCCAACAUUCACACUUGAAAAAAAACUUGGUAUAUAAUAUGGGGAUUAUUGACUUGUUAUAUAUUGUUUUGUUUUUACAUUUUACUAAGCACUGCCACAGGUUUAUAGCCAAGGUGGCCUUUUUUCACAGUCAUGCUGCUUUUUUGAAAAAAAGAAUCUUCAGUAUAUUUAGUGCCUCCUUAAUUUUUCCUCCUUAACUAACCAGAGAAAUUCAUUACAGCAUAAAUAUAUUGAAGUCUCUCUUUUCUUAUUAGAAACGGAAAAUUUGCAAUGCCCCCAUUAUGUUUAAAUAAUGUUCUAAUUUUACUAGUAUACUCUUUAUUCCUAAUUAGUACAUUAAAUAAUUUGUGCAUAAAGCAUACCAGUAAUGUGAUAUGAAUAUCCAAAAUAGUAAUGUUAAAAUAUCUUGAACAUUUUGAAUGAUUAAAUUGGUGUAAAAGGUAGCACUUAAAUCUAUGAACCAUUUGUGUGAAAUAGAUUGAAAUAGAUUAAGUCUUCUCUAAUUUGAUGCCUCAAGGGGAAUUUGUUGCAGAUACAAGCACUAAUUUCCCUGCUAUAUUAUCCCUUACAUAACAAAAUAUGUUAGAAAUGAAAAAUUUCUACAUCUGCCUAAUAUGGAAUAAUUCAGUUAUCUAGUUCAGUUUAUAAAUUUGAAUCCAAUUUCUUAACAAUUUCUAAAUUAUUUUGCAGGCAGUAUUUGGGAAGAAAUCUAUCCAUGUAUAGUAGAAUUGGAGAGUGGGUUUUUGUUUCUUUGGUACAUAAUUUGAGAACUUCAUUCUUCUAAAUAAAUAGUUUAAUUAAGAGAUGUUUUGAAUAAUUAGGUUUUCCCAUAGCAUGAAGACAAAAUCAAACAUAUAAAAUUAAAUAUAUACAGCACAUUAGCAUUGUGCUAUGACUCUGUUUCAGUUUCAGAAAUGUAUUUGAGAGAAUUCAGUGAUACAAACAUAAUAGCUGUCUUCAUUUUUUAUGUAUUUCUUUUCCUGAGAACAUGAGAGCUGUAGAGGGAAGCUGUGCAAUCUAAAACUGCCUUAGAAUUGCAUGUAGGUUCUAUAAUCACACUCCUGUACUUCCUGAAUCACUUUUUCCAAACUAUUUUGGAAGCACUGCUCAGCCCUAACUAAUUAAAAAAAGAAUACUUAAAAAAAAGUUUGGUUAAGAAAAUACAUUUUUGAUGAGAAUGAAAAAAUAUCCAAAUUAAAUAUUCAGUCUUAAAGAGUGAUUUCAAUAAUUACAUUGUGGGUCUGGUGUGAAGUGCUGCACACCAGUAUUCUACAGAAAUACUUAAUGCAUAGAAUCAAUGAAUUCAGAUUCAUUUUAAAAUUAGAUGGUUUUUAAAUGUUUUUAUUUUGAAUUACAAAAAUGAGCGGCGUGGUAGCUUAAUGGUGAAGACGCUUGUCUCCCACUCGGAAGGUUGAAAGUUCAAUCCUAGGUGGCAGCAGAUGUUUCCUAGAGUGCAAAAAAAAAAAAGAAUAUCUACUACAAACUCAGUAGCAUCAGUAAGGGGAUCCAACCAGUAAAUGCACAGCUCUGUCCAGUUGCCCCGACCCUAACCCGAAUUAAAGGAUUACAGGGUCAUAAAUAGGGAGUUUAUUGAAUUACAAAAAUAAUUUCAGUAAUAGAAAUCUGUGGCACUGAUUUUAUCUACCUAAAAGAGAGUGAUGGAGAUUCUUUAUUUAAAAGGAUAAUUGCUGACCUUAAGACCAGAUACAUAUAAUCUAAUUUCAACUAUCUGUUUUUUGGGUAUCAAAAAGUGUUAAUAACUUAGAAGUAAAAGUGGAAGAAGAUGGGGAAAGGGUGAUAAAAUUUCUGGGCACAUUUAAUAUUUCCUUGAAUGAAAUUUCAUUUUUAAAUAUAUAUUAAUCAUAUUACUAUGCAUAAGUGAAAGAGAUUGCACGUUGUGCAAGUGUGUAUGUGCUAAAUGGGUAUGUGUGCAAUCCAUUUAAAAUGAAACUGUAUGUGAGAAUGGAUCUGUAUUUUUAAAAGUAAAUCUUAUAACAUAAGCCGUUACUCCUAAUGACUUUUCAUACUGUAACCUGCUUUUUAAGAAGUAGAUCCCAUAUUCUUGCUCUGUAAGUUGAUCACUAUGCAUUUUUACUUAUUUUAUAAAUUUGAUUUAUGCAGAUUUUGAUACACUGUAUGUUUCUGUAAAGAUUGUAUAAAUCUAAAAAAGUUUUACAAGAAAUAAUCUCGGGAUUUUUCUGUAUAUCUUCUGGGCUGCUUGUUUUUUAGAUGAAGAAAUAAAUUUUAACUUGUGGGUUUAUAA